GAGAAGCGCUAGGAAAAGGAAGAGAAGGAGCUCGAGCGGGAGGCAAGCGAGAGGCUCUUUUGCUCCUCCCAAAGCAGGGGGCGGCUCCACUGUGCUCCUGAUGACCCCGCUGCCGCCGCCGUCGCCGCCCUGCAACCGCUCCCCGGGACCCGUCAGCGCUGACACUGAUGACCCGCGGCGGGGGCGCUGGGCACGGGGUGCGCAGGCCACUGGCCGCGGGCUCUCGGGCCCUCUCCUGCCGCCGGCUUCCUCUGCUUCCGCGUGCCAUGGACACUGCCAGAAUUUGUCAAAGGUCCUAGGAAGAAAAGGCCCUUUUGCCCCUCCCCUCAGUGAACAGAUGGUGUGUUUGGACUGUUGGCAUUUGCUCCUCGUAGGGACAAAUGAAUCUCUUCCCACUCUAUGGGAUUUCCCUUGAUUUUUAUAUUGGGAGUAAAAAGAUGAAGCAUGAGAUUCUUCAGCUGCAUCUCAAACUGCAUCUAAACCCAGCACAUCUCUCUCAAUCUUUGAUUAGGCCUGUUCAUCUAAAAGAGAGACACAGGAAAAAUGGAAAUGGGACUUUGGAAGAAGAAUGACCAUCCACAUUCCUAUCACAGCCUGAGAUUUCCUGCCUGAUUGAGAUUUUCAGUAGAUGGCCCUAGGUCUAGUUUCCCACUUUGGACCUGUUGCCCUUGGCUCCAAUAGAGGACUUCCAAGUAACUAGGAAGAUUUCACCUCUCUUUUGAAACAUAAUGGACAAAUGUGUUUCUUUAGGAUGAGGGGUGCACCUGGCUAGAGUCAAUCUUUAUUUUCCUAAAAUAACCAGGAUGAAAACUCAAAAUAAAAAGAAAUACCUCAUGGGCAAAACUCUCCCAAUACAACUAAUAUAGACACUCAACAUGGUUUCGUAGAAACUGACCCCUCUCCCAAAUCUUAUGUUUGUCAGAACUGCAUGCCUAUUUCAAUCAAAGAAAAGUGAUCUGAUCUCUUCAGAUGAAGGUGGGACUUGGAGAUGCUGCUGCCUAGAGUUAACUUGCCAGAGAAAGGAUAAGCAUUUGGGAAGUGCCGGGAUGGGGUAUCAGCUGAGCAAUGGCAGGUUCCCUUCUGCCAGUGGGCUGGCUCAGGGAGUAAACCUCCCCAGAAAGAAUUUUGUUUCUCUCUAGAAUCAAAGUGGGCAAAAUGAUCACCUUAUUUGCCUGGAGUGAACCAGGUUGAAACUGAGAAGGCAGACAUGGGUGUUAAGCCAGAUGAAGUCAUAUAUUAUAACUAAACUAUGUACCUGUAGCUUGCCUGGUAGUUUAAAUUGCACCAAGUAGUUUACUCAUUCUCUCUAAACAGGUCAUAAUAAGUGUUAGUCUGUGAUCCACUAUGGAGAGAGAUUUCUGGAAAGAAUAGAGGCAGUGGUAGAGGGUCCAAGGUUGUUAUUUAAAGAGAUGAAUGUGGGCCAGGUGCCGUGGUUCACACCUGUAAUCCCAGCAUUUUGGGAGGCAGAGGCAGGAGGAUUGCUUAAGGCCAGAGUCCAAGACCAACCUGGCCAAUAUAGUGAGACCUCACAUCUCUACAAAAGAUAGAAAAACUUAGCCAGGCAUGGUGGCAGGUGCUAUAGUCCUUGCCACCAUGGGACUACAGCUCCUGUAGUCCCAGCUACUCAGGAGCUGAGGUGGAAGGAUGGCUUGAGCCCAGAAGUUCGAGGUUGCAGUGAGCCAUGAUCAUGCCACUGCACUCUUUCCUGGGUGACAGAGCGAGACCUGACUCAAUAAUAAUAAUAAUAAUAAUGCAACACAAACUAUCUUUUACCUCUUGAACAAUGAAUACAGUUGCCAUGACUACAUCUGUUUGUUGGUGACCAGGGAGGUUGCCAGUGAGGAUUCAGGGUGGAAGUAGCCGAGUACCCAAUACCUAUUGUGAGAUGUGGCCUGGGGAGCCCUGAGAUUUCCUGGCCAGGCUCACUCACUACCCAGACACCCCCUUUCUGCAUGGCAAGUCCCUCAGCCCCUCCAAGGCUCAAUUCUCAGUCAUCGGAGUAAUCCACAUCCUCCAUCUUGAGUUAUUCCUCACAAGGCCUGUAAGUUUUCCUAAAAGGAAGGGAAGACAGGGUUGAACCCACACAAUUCUAGAAUCUAGAAUUUGGAGGAUUUCUAAACCUCUUCUGUAAGUCAGCCCUUGAGAACGUGUAGAUUUUCUCAUCAUUUGCAGCAUGAGAGUCUGGAGUAGACUGUUUGGAUUUGACUCUUGGUUCCUUGGGCAAGCUACUUAACCUCUCAGCUGUGUGUCAGUUUCCUUAUCUAAAAAGUGUGGUUAAUAAUAACUGACCUCUCAGAGGUAUUGAGAGGUUACUGUGAUGAUUAAAUUAGUUGAUUCACAUAAAA